UCUUCGUUCGCCAUUACACCUUUUUCUCUCUCUACAUCGCCUUUUCUCACACCACCGCGCAACUCGAACUGACACGCUGAGUCAACUCGAGCCACAAACACUUCAAAGCAAGUCUCCAGGAAGCUAGUUAACUCCAUGUCUGCACACAAACGAAGAAAAGUCAAAUUGUUAAGUGAAACAAUUAUGGAUGGAAAAAAGAUUCAGACUAUGGACGAGGAAACUGUAGGUCAACAUACCUGGUCCGAGCUUCCAACAGAACUACUUGAAGUGAUAAUGUCGCAUUUAACACUGAAGGAAAACAUCCGCGUUUCUUCUGUCUGUAAGAGAUGGUCUACGGUUGCUAUAUCAGUAAGGAUUGUUAAUCAACCCCCGUGGAUAAUGUAUUUCCCAAAAUAUGGCAACUUGUAUGAAUUCUACGAUCCUUUGCAUCGAAAAACUUAUUCCCUUGAAUUACCUGAGCUACAAGAAUCAAAAGUUUGUUACGCGAAAGAUGGAUGGUUGUUGCUAUACAAACCUCGUACACACUCUGUAUUCUUCUAUGAUCCGUUCACUCAGGAAAUCAUUCAAUUACCAAAGUUCGAGAUGACUUAUCAAAUUGUAGCAUUUUCAUCUCCUCCAACUUCACCAGACUGUAUCGUGUUCACAGUUAAGCAUAUCAGCCCGACUGUAGUUGCUAUCAGUACCUGUCAGCCUGGAGUGUUGGAGUGGACAACAGUUAAUUAUCAUAACAGGUUGCCAUUUGUCAGCAGUAUUUGGAACAAAAUGGUCUUUUGCAAGGGAUUGUUUUACUGUCUCAGUCUGACCGGUUGGCUUGGAGUUUUCAACCCUCAAGAAAGAACAUGGGUGAUUCGGGUUAUGCCACCUCCCAAGUGUCCUGAGAAUUUCUUUGCUAAGAACUGGUGGAAGGGAAAGUUUAUGGCGGAGCACAAUGGAGAUAUUUACGUUAUGUACACUUGCUGUAAUGAAAAUCCAAUUGUGUUUAAGCUUGAUCAGAUGAAUAAAGUGUGGGAGGAGAUGAAAUCUCUUGGGGGGCUCACUCUGUUCGCGAGCUUCUUAUCGUCGCACGCGAAGGCGGAUCUUCAUGGAUCGAUGAGAAAUAGUGUUUAUUUCUCAAAAGUGCGGUUUUAUGGGAAGAGAUGUAUAUCGUAUUCACUCAGUGACAUUAGAUAUUAUCCAAGGAAGCAUGGUCAUGACUGGGGUGAACAAGAUCCUUUUGAGAGCAUUUGGGUUGAACCACCCAAGGAUCUCUCCAUCUUCAUGUGACACAUUAUUGACUUGUUGUUAGGUGGUGUGGGGGAAAGGAUUACACUACAAUUUACAAUGAAUGAAAAGGAAGAGAAGGAAGGAACAGUUAUCAUUAUAAUGAUUUUAUUUACUUAGUUUUUAUAAUGACACCUAUUUGUUCAUUUUGAAGUUAACUGUAUUCUAUCUAUCUCUAUAAGCCAAGACAUGUUUCUUCUGUAUGGCCAUCAUUGGCUAAGGAUGAUUGUCUUUGGAUUUCUAAUGUUUUAAACACUAGGAAUAAAUAUCAUGC